AUGGGAUUGGUCAUCUACGAGUUGAUUCAGAGAGAACGCUACUGCAACGAUGAGGACGGAGAAACAGUCCAUUGUGCAAGGGUGAAAGCAAAAAUGCAUUGUGCCGUUAAACCGUUUGUUGUCCCAAAUUGUGACGAUGAACAACUGAAAUCGAUAGUGGAAAAAUGCAUUCAUCUUCUACGAAGUGAGCGCUACUUGGCGAUCGAGGCCUUUAAAGCGCUGAAAGCUUUGCCACUCAACUCUCCCUAUAUUUCUGUGGAUAUGAACGUGCAAAAGGUUUAUCUACCAAACGAAUUUCAUGUCUACGAUUCAAAAUAUCAGCUGAUUCGACCAAAAAUCAAAGAUGAUGUGAAAAUAGCACCCGAUCAACCAAAAACCACACUUGAGAACACGGUUGAUUUCGAUUUCUUCGGCGAUCUCACUGUCGACAUGGCUGAAUAUUUUGAGCUUUGUAUGGCAAUUGCA